AUGGAUCGUACCAUAGCUCGUCCUCAACUUGCCGAUGCUUCGAUUUCUGGGAGUUUGCUGAAUAAUCUUGCCGGAGGCCCUGGCCGAACAUCUGCAGCUUCAUCCGCUUCGGCUCCAUCAACAGCGGCUUCAUCUCAACCAGCUACGGCCCCAGCUCCCGCGGCAACGCCCGUUUCCGCUCCAGCAUCCUCAGUUACAGCCCCAGCCGCCUCUGCCGUCGCUCCAUCACCAGCCUCUCAACCCGCAGCUACUCCACUUGCCUCUCCGACCUCCAAUGCUGCUCCAUCUCCUGUUGUCGCUGCUCCUGUCUCCCCUGUUGAUACCUCGGCCGGAAUUGGCACUUCUGCUGGAGGUGUUCAGUCAGCAGCCCCAGCCCCAGUUUUGAAUACUGGAAGUGUGAUUGCAUAA